AUGGACAAGCAGAGGCUGCAGGACCCCAGGGGCAGCAGAACGUCCUUCCUCAUCGAGGACAUCCUCUUCAGGCCCAAGGCGACUCUCCCGCAGGUGGGCAGCAUGGGUCCAACGCUGAGCCGCGGCGCGGGCGUGAUGGAUCCCGGCUACCCUCUGCUGCCGGCCGCCUACCUGCACCCACACCCGUACCUGCACAAGGCCGAGCCCUUCUUCCUCACCCCAGGCAUGCCGUUCGGGCCGCUGCUGGCGGGCAGUGCGGGGGCGGCGGCGGCGGAGCUGUCCGCCAAGCACUGCCGGCGGCGCAAGGCGCGCACCGUCUUCUCGGACCAGCAGCUGACCGGCCUGGAGAAGCGGUUCGAGGCGCAGCGCUACCUCUCCACUCCAGAGCGCGUCGAGCUGGCCAACGCCCUCAACCUCUCCGAGACACAGGUGAAGACGUGGUUCCAGAACCGGCGCAUGAAACACAAGAAGCAGCUAAGGAAGCUCAGUGAAGAAGGCAAACAUCCGUCCGGCGAAUCCGCCUCUGACGGGCCCGUCGACUUCUCGUCGCGGCCGUCGACGGCGACGGCGCCCCAGCCGGCCCACUUAUUAGAAUCUGAAGAAACAGUGGUUGCCAUGGAAUUAUGCGACAACUUACAGCCAGAUUGA